AUGCUGUGAGUAUAAAAGUGGGAGGGAGCGAGAGAGUGGGUAUAAAAGAGGCAGCUGCAGAGUGAACUCUACAACCUACAACAGAGCAAAAAGGUUCUCUUCAUAGAAUCAGGAAAACUACACAACUCUGACCGGAAACUAUUCAAACACUAUCUGAAAAUGGAAGCAGAUAAGCAGAAAGUACAGACUGAGAAGGUUCAGGUCACAGACCGUGAUCUGUCUGAGCAGAUAAAGGCUGUGACUAAAGACAGCCACGUCCGAGCCGAGAACACGGAACUGAUGCUGGCCUUCCAGAGAGGAAACAUCAGCCUGCAACAGUAUAAGCUCCUGUUGUGCUCCUUGUAUAAGAUCUACGAAGCUCUGGAAGAGGAACUGGACAGGAACGCCUCUCACGACAGUGUCGCACCAAUUUACUUCCCUCAGGAACUGGCCAGGAUGGAGACACUCAAGAAAGAUCUGGAGCACUUUUAUGGUCAGGACUGGAGAGAGAAGAUGACCGUACCUGCUGCUACACUGAGAUACGCUCAGAGAUUGAGAGAGAUUGGUAGCGAGCAUCCUGAAUACCUCGUGGCUCACGCUUACACUCGCUACUUAGGUGACCUGUCAGGUGGCCAGGUGUUGGGCCGAAUUACCCAGAAGUCUUUAGGACUGAAGAACGGAGAGGGCUUGGCGUUCUUCACGUUUCCCGCCGUCAGCAGCCCGAAUCUGUUCAAGCAGCUGUACAGAAGCAGGAUGAACAGCAUCGAGCUGACGGAGACACAGAGAGAGGGAGUGCUGGAGGAAGCCGUCAGAGCCUUCGAGUUCAACAUCCAGGUGUUUGAUGAACUCCAGAACUUGGUGAACAUCUCAGAGAAGAAUGAGUUGAGGCAGAGACAUAAAGAACACAACCUCAAGACUCCAGAUGUCAGAGUGAGCCAGAGCUCAGCGCCAUCCUCCUCACUGUCGUCUCCGUCUCAGCUGCUCAGGAUGCUGCUCGGAGUGUGUUUAGCUCUGGCAGUCGGAAUGGGAAUGUAUGCAUUUUAAAUAUUAUGGCUGUGUAACAUGUACAAUACUGUAUAGUAUGCAAAUGUAGAUAAAGUGACGAGUUGAGGUGAAAUUCCCAGAUCACAGGAAACACCUCUGUACACUUUUAAUUCAGAAAGGUCGUAUUUUGUAUAAUGUGUAAUUAUUGAUGUGUUUUAUGUAACAAUCACAUGUUUAUAUGAAGAUUAAUAAGUACACUGUCCAGAUACUGUAUUAUAUGAUGACCUGUACUGAAUGUAGCGUGUGUGUGUGUGUGUGUGUGUGAGAGAGAGAGAGAGAGAGAGAGAGUAGAUAGUGUGUACCUUUAAUGCACUUUCUGAAAUGAUAGAAAUAUUAAAUAUUUCACUGUACAAAAUUUUCAUUUUUUUAAUUAAAACACUGAAGCAAAAUUAAA